GGCGGGCUUGCUAUCAUAAAUCACAGUAUCUGAUGACAACGAUACUAACUUGAAACCUCCUGUGAUACGUACAGAAAUCCACACCAUGGAUCCGUUCAUCAUUGCACUUAAAGAAAGAGGGAUACCGGAGGAGAACCUACACCAAAUGGCACAAGACAAGGUGGACCUGGAUGUUGUCAGAUUGAUGGAUGAUGACACACUUUCAAAAUAUAUUCCUCAUUUUGGAGACCGUGUAUAUGCAAGAAAUUGGACAGAUUCAUCUUCAGCAGCUUCAAACAAUGAGGAAAGGAAAAGGAAACUCAUAGAACGUCUGCGAUCAAAAAUGAAACUUUCAAGCUUGCACCCAGCAACAGCAGGUUCACAAAGUAAUCCUCGCCGAGCAGUUGGUAAAGGGAACAAGAAUGCUGAACGAAAAACAAGAAAAAUAGAACUGGGUUGGAUGGUGUAUCAAAAUGGUAACUUUAAACAAGUUAGACGACCAACUGGUGGGGGCACAAGAGAGCUCAUUGUCAGUAAAGAUGAUACUGUGAACAAAAUUUUAGAAGAUGGGAAGCAAAUAUUCUUUCCUAAGGGGAAAUCAUCUAAAGGAAGAGUUGAAGACUUUGACUUCUCUUUAUGUAUUAUGGGCUCAGAGGAGCAGUUAGAUGCAACUCUCACAGUUGGCAGGUUGUAUGAUACAACUUAUCAUAAAUUACUCAGGUUAUACAUUUGUUCAAAACCCAAAAAAAGUAAUGAUUCAGCAAAACAGGCCAAAUCACCUGAGAGAUUUGAGACAGCAUUGGCACCCGCCCAGCAGGAUCUAUCUCCCAUAUCUUCCUCCCAUAGCUCCCAUAGGCCUUUUACUUCCAGUCCAUUAAUGACUGCAAUUUUACCAUGUUACCACCACUUCAACAUUUGA